AUGUCGGGGCAAUUGACUACUAAAUCCAUCUAUCUUGUGCAGAGAUUGAUGGAGAAGUAUAGGGAAAGAAAGAGGGACAUACAUAUGGUGUUUAUUGAUCUUGGAAAAGACCAUAAGAAAGUUCUGAGGGAUGUCCUUUGGAGGUGUUUUGACGCUAAAGGCUCCCCAAUGGAUUAUAUUAAGGUGAUUAAAGACAUGUAUGAUAGAGCAAAGACUCGGGUUAGAAUUAUGGGAGGAGACAAGGAGAACUUCCUAUUUGCCUUGGUGAUAGAUGACUUGACAUGGUAUAUUCAGAAAGAGCUUCCAUGGUGCGGUAAUCUAGCUAUCUACACCUAUGUGGGAGAUGUUGAGAUUGAAUGGGAUGAUGUUAGCAAGAGGGAAACAAUUAGUGAUGUAUUGAGGGGCAGAGGUCAGAGACCUGUGAACUUUGCCUUAAUUAAGGAUGAUGUUGAUAGAGAUGGAUUAGGAGCUAUUGGAGCUACUGGAGCUAUAGUCCUCCCAACCCUACCUAAAGGCGUAAAGUUCACUAUCACUAGCACUAUGCUGCAAAUGUUGAACCUAAAAGGAUUAUUUAGAGGAGGAGUAAGUGAUGAUGCCAAACAACACUUGAUGAACUUUAUCGCCAUCUAUAAGUCAUCUGAAAUCCCUGGGGUUAGCCAAUCAACCAUAUGA